UCAACGGUUUUAACAUUUCGUCAAUGCAGUAGAAACCUUGUCGCUACAUUCUACGUUUGGACGGCGUUGGUGAAAUUAGUUCAAUACUGAAGUCGCUAGCUAAUGUACACCGAUACAAAUUCUUCCUGAACAGUUAGCUACAGUGGCGUCCUCGAUAUUUGGGUGGCGGCGUGGCAGCUAGAUUUAUUUGCUUGGAAAAAAGAAAAGACCAUUCCGACCGAGAUGGCCGAUUGGAAGUUACCGGUAAGCUACAAUUACAGUCCAUCUUACCACGCGUUUGCAUAUGGCCUCAUGUACCAAGCAGGAACCGAGCAAAAUCAUCCUAACUUCUCCGGCUGGACGGAAUACAACCCCCCUGGGGUCGGCGGUGGCUACUACUCACAAGCGCAGCAGCAGCCGCAGCAUCAAUCACCACCCAGGAGCCCUGAACACAACAUUGGCGCAAACAAUGGCCCAUACCCGGGAUCUUCUGUUCUGUAUCUCAGCGACCCUCAUAAUCAUACGCAGAGUGGCCGCCUUUUAAUCGCCCACAACAUGGCGACAUAUGGUCAGCGGACGAAGGAGACCGAGCCACCAAGUAGCGACACUCCAAGCGACUCAGAAUCACAAGUACUGACAUCACCAGAUUCUUGGAGUUCUGGAAGCAGCAAAGAGGGGUACGUUCCUCAAACCAACCCUGCCAUUUGGGUUAAAAAGGAGUUGAAUGAAGAGGUGGACAGUGGAAGCCCAAAUGGAAGUGAACACGUGUCCAGCUCUUAUCCGGAGGAGGAACCCACAAACCCACAGGUUCCGGGGAGUGAAGAAUGCACCCCACAAUUGUUGCCCCCGUCCCCACAGGAAAGAAAUGUAAAGAUUACUCCUAAACAAAAGGCUCGGACAGCUUUCUCAGCAGGCCAGAUGGAUGCCCUGACCAAUCGUUUCAACAUCCAGAAAUACCUCACCCCAGCUGAGAUGAAGACACUGGCUGGACUGACUGGGUUGAGUUACAAACAGGUAAAAACGUGGUUCCAAAAUCGCAGGAUGAAAUUAAAGAGGCAUCAGAAGGAUAACAGCUGGGUGUCGGCUGGGUAUCCCAACCAUGGCUACCCUAGCAUGCCCCCACGUCCUCAGGGAGAACCCCAAGUGCAGAUCCCAGAGCAGCCUGCCAACGCUCAACAGUUUAGAGAGGCCGGGUUCCAGAAGAGCCCCCCCCUGAACACGCCUUACUAUGCCGGCGGGUACCAACUGCCACCCCACCCUGCGCAGCCCCCACCGAGGACCCCAGGGAGGUGGCCCCUGCCCCCAGCGGUGACCCACUACGAGUAUCCCAAUGGCUACAGUGCGGUGAGGGGUUACGGCACUGGAAGUGUCAACCCAAAUGCUAGCAUUAACAGUGAUGGGGACACUAACAGCCCAAUGAGCAUGGCCAUGGUCCCCAGUGCUAGCCAAUAACCCACAGAGGGUUUGGUAAAUCUGUUACCUUUUUUUAACCCAUAGUGUCAUUUUACAUUUUGAAAGUCUUACAAUUUCAAUGUUGUAGGUCCCAUUCAAACGUGUAUCCAGUGGUGACUUUUUUUUUAUCAAUAUUAUAUUUUUGUACUCUUCAAUGUUGUUACGAGUUACCAGAGUAUUUAAUAUCGUUUGACAUGUUCCUUGCGCUUUUGACACUCCCAACUGAACAUAUGCUAUGUCUAAGUGGGAAGCUUUUAUUUCAUCUAAUUGGUGCAUGGCAGGGCUAUGCAACUGCCUGACAAUGUACUUUAAGUGUUUUAGGUUGCAAAGGUUGUGUAUUGUGUGAUCUUAACAUAGUGGCCAUGUUUUGUCAUGACCUAUCUGUGCUGUUUUUGGGGGGAGGGGGGGGGUGGGAGGAAUUGCAGCAGGACCCUGCCAUCCUAGGAACCAUGCCUUCCUGUUCUGAGGUUGAAGGUGGGGGGGGGGGUGUAAAAGCCAUGAUAUUCAACGCUCUGCUUAGUUUAAAACUCUGUAUAUAACAAACCCUGCUGGGGUCAGCCAGACUUCAUGGUGUGAUUUCUUGUCUUAGGUCUGUGACAUUUGGGCAAUGGUUAUUGAUAGGUAGAUGCCAAUUGACCCAUGUUGUGGUACUUUGAAUGCAGUAUUUGGGGAAACAUGGCAACUUAACCAGUUUAUGUAUGUCUGCUGAUUUGUUUGUUCGUUUUUUUUUUUGUAAUAAAA